ACUGUCCAGAGGUCCCACAAAUCAGUGUCUUUCUGGAAAAAGUGGAGAAUCUCUUCCAGCAGUUUUUGCAAGAAACGUGCAGGAAGCCAUCGACAAUUAUACUUGUGAAACGCUUUCAUCAUUUUCAUCUAGUGAUCGUACAACACCCACGGAGUCGAAUAAUUCUUGGUCUGGAAUAAACAGCUAUACUACUGGUUUGUCUACUGAAAGAAGUUCAGUUUACUCCUGGAGGGAUGAUGAAUUUGAUAAAGCUAACGCACAGAGAGUCCAUCAGUUAUUUUGGGAGAUUGAUGAAAUGCUGUUUGAAGGAAAAGUCACCUCUCAAACUCAGAGCCUACAGGCAGAAUGUGCAGACUGGGUUGAACAAUUUCCUCAUCUAAGGGUUCUAGGAAAGCAGCUCCUAUUGCCAAAAGAUGAAGGCUUUCAGCAUUUUCAGAGCAGAAGUGAUACCUCUGUGCAUACUAGGUGUUUACCUGACAUCCGUGAAUGUACUAGUAAUACAAAAGAGCUAUGCAUUUCAGGCUCUAAACUGAUCCCAACAGCAUCUCCAAUACAUAAAUCACUAGAUUCAAGUUCCACUAGGAUUUCUGCUUCUGACUCCUCCGUGUAUUUGUUCCUGGAAGAAGAAAUCUAUGAUGUGGAUGGAAAAAUAGAAGAAUAUCUUGCCUUUGACAACAGGGAGCUUGAUGAUGAGAGCUGGGAACAAGAGAAAAUGCAUCUUGCUGACAAGAGGAGUAAGCGUGGCAUUCCCCCUGUUUCUCCCAAUGCCUGUAUCAAAGAUGCUGUGGCUUCUGAAGUAUUUGAUUGUAUCUGGAGCAAUAUCAUUGGAAUAUUGGAGGAACUGAUUAAAAAAAAUUGGGAAACUAGUAUCACAGAAUGUGACAAACAGGUGGAAAAACUGAAAGCUGUUAAAGCAAAACUACCACAUUUGCCAGUUGUUCGAAUUACAGCAGAUGCUGGGAGUGUUCCUCUUUCCAGAGGCUCUGAAGCACGAAGUGUAUCUUUUGGGCCUCAUUUUGUUUCCUCACAGGUUCACCGUUUUUCCAGCAACUUCAGUAGGGAUUUGAAUGGCGUGAUGACAAUUCAAGCAAAACCACUCCAACAGAGGCAUGUUGCCACAGUAGAAAAAAUACAGAAUGAGCAAGACGACAAACAGCAUAGCAUUGGCUCCAGUGCUCCAAAUUCAGUGCACACUAGGUUGGGGAGAAUUGCUGAUAACAGUGUUCUCUCAUCUCGAGUACUGCUGGCAUCUUCUAGGAAGCUACCAAGCCAUCGUAGGUUACCUUCUCUCACUUCUGACCAACUCUCCUCAAAAGCUCCUAAUAUGUACAAUGAUGAAAUCCUUAGGGGGACUAAAUUGGGUGCCAGCUCGAGUCGUUUGUCUUCUGCUCGUGCAUCUGCAACUCGGAACAAGUUACCACCAAUAAACUCAGAGGCUGUUGAACAAUAUCUUUCAGUACCUCGGCUGCAACAGAGCUCUCAUCGAGGACGAUAUGCUUAUAGCAGAGUGUCAAGUGCAAUGCCUGGUGGUACAGAGCAACGGCCACUCAGAGAAAGAACUGUUAUUAUUGAUCAGUUUUCAAGGCCUAACACAACUCAUACAUUCAGGGCAGACACUCCUCAGAAGAGAUCACUGACUGCCAUGGAUUUUGCUAACCAGAGAGGGACAGGUCAAGGAUUUUUAGAAACGGGAGACCUGGUUACCCAGGAUGAGGAGAAAGCUGAGGUACUCGAUGACUUCUUUGCCUCAGUCUUCACCAACAAAUGCUCCAGCCACACCGCCCAAGUAGCAGAAGGCAAAGUCAGGGACUGGGAGAAUGAAGAAUCGCCCGCUGUAGCAGAAGAUCAGGUUCAAGAUCAU